AUGAAUAACUCCUCCACCGUAGCGUCGAACGAGAGUCCCCAAUUUCAGAAGCCCGUGGUUUAUAAAAAUCGGGCCAGAAGCAUCAUGAACCAGAGUGUCAGGAACGGGUCGGAAAGCCAACAAACGGAACAAGGCAAUGGGACGAGCAUCCGGGACAAAAUAAGACGGCUCUUUUCGAGCAAGCAUGAUCAGACCAUAAGAGAUUUGCAGAAAACGAAACUUACAGCCAAUAAAAGCAUACAAGAGCAGGAACCAAGUGAGAGGAGCGUACACGAAUUCGUUCCAACUCAUCAGCAGAAUGUAGAAUGGCAGCCAGUGUAUCGCGAAACUUGUAAGAUAAAACUGCCGGUGGAUGAAAGUGUGACGAAAAUAGCCUUGCCAGAAGAGGUGCUGCACGACUGGGUUGAUAGUCAAAAGAAGGUUGCGCAGCAGUUGGGGCGUAGGCAGAAGGGGGAAGACGUCCAGGAGGAUGAAGACCAGGAGGAUAACAGCCAGGGGGAGGACCUACCCGAGCUUGGCAGCAACUGCCUUUUCAGAAAAAACGGCUCCAAAAAAUCCUGCAGGCUUAACAGCGCCAAAGAUCAGUACUCCAAAUUUAAGUACUAUUACAACUACUAUUUGGUAGACGAGUACCUCGAGUCGCUGGCUGUGUCCCAAAACAAGAGCCUGGACGCCACUGGACUGGACGAGCACGGCCAGCUGUACGACAACGUGAGUUUGAAUGUGAAGCCGAUAAUCGUCUCAAAGCAGAGGCUGGAGAACGGAGUCCCCUACGACCCCUCCAAGUUGCUGCAGUGA